GCAAUUUCGCGCACGCCCCAGGGGCAGCACGGGCAAUUCAUGUGCCCCAUUAAUUAAGUCAACACCAGUCGCGGGCUCCCAGCCCACGCUGCCCCCGCACCCGGACAGGGCCACUUUCCCCAAACUGCCCCUCCCACCAUCGUCCCCAAUUUCCAAAACCACCACCACCCUUCUCUCCUCUGUCCUCUCUCUCGUCCCCUUCACUCGGACCUCUCCACGCCCCGCACCAAUGGCCGAUUCGCCAAACCCUAGCUCCGGGGACCUCCCCGCCGGCGUUGGGGGCUCGCCGGAGAAGCCGGCCCCGGCGGAUCGGCGCGUGGCGGCGCUCGCCGGCGCCGGCGCGAGGUACAAGGCGAUGUCCCCCGCGCGGCUGCCGAUCUCGCGCGAGCCCUGCCUCACCAUCCCGGCGGGAUUCAGCCCCUCCGCCCUCCUUGAGUCCCCCGUCCUCCUCACCAACUUCAAGGUUGAACCCUCUCCCACAACUGGUACUCUGAGCAUGGCUGCAAUAAUCAACAAAAGCACUCAUCCGGAUGUACUGCCUUCGCCUAGGGAUAAACCAGUUGGUAGCAGCCAUGACGAUGGGAGUUCUUGGGAUUUCAAAUUCAAGCCUCAUCUCAAUGCAUCUACCCAAUCAGUGGUUCCUGCUAUCAAUGAUCCAAAACAUCAUGACACUUCUAUGCAAACUCAUAGCCUGAAUCAUGCUUCAUCAUUUAGCAAUUUGAUGACAGAAAGUAGAUCUCUCUGUUCACAGGAGUCAACUCACACAGUGAAUGUUUCAAGUGCUCCAAACCAACCUGUUGCAAUGAUUGGUCCAUCUGACAGCAUUCCUGCUGAAGUUGGAACAUCAGUCCGCCAGAUGAAUAGCUCUGAAAAUGCUGUGCAGGAGACACAAUCUGAAAAUGUAGCUGAAAAAUCAACCGAGGAUGGCUAUAACUGGCGCAAAUAUGGACAGAAGCAUGUCAAGGGAAGUGAAAACCCUAGAAGUUAUUACAAGUGCACACAUCCUAAUUGUGAAGUAAAAAAGCUAUUGGAGCGUUCGCUUGAUGGUCAGAUUAGUGAAGUUGUUUAUAAGGGGCAUCAUAAUCAUCCUAAGCCCCAGCCUAAUAGGAGGUUAGCUGCUGGUGCGGUUCCCUCAAGCCAGGGUGAAGAAAGAUAUGAUGGUAUGGCAACUGCUGAAGAUGGGUCUCUGAGAAUUUUCUGCCAAUAUGCAGACAAGCCCUCAAAUGUUUCCAACCUCUGUAAUCAAGUACAUUCAGCUGGCAUUAUAGAUCCUAUGCCAGGUCCAGCUAGUGAUGAUGACAUCGAUGCUGGAGGUGGAAGACCCUACCCUGGGGAUGAUGCUAAUGAGGAUGAUGAUUUGGAUUCAAAACGCAGGAAAAUGGAAUCUGCUGGUAUUGAUGCUGCUUUGAUGGGUAAACCAAAUCGUGAGCCCCGUGUUGUUGUACAAACUGUUAGUGAGGUUGACAUCUUAGAUGAUGGGUAUCGCUGGCGCAAGUAUGGGCAGAAAGUAGUGAAAGGAAACCCCAAUCCACGGAGUUACUACAAGUGCACACACACAGGAUGCCCUGUCAGGAAGCAUGUUGAGAGAGCAUCACAUGACCCAAAGUCAGUGAUAACAACAUAUGAAGGAAAACAUAACCAUGAAGUCCCUGCUUCCAGGAAUGCAAGCCAUGAGAUGUCCACAGCUCCCAUGAAGACUGCUGUGCAUCCUAUUAACAGCAAUAUGUCGGGCCUUAGUAGCAUGAUGAGAGCAUGUGAAGCCAGGACCUUUGCCAAUCAAUAUUCUCAAGCAGCCGAAAGCGACACCAUCAGUCUUGACCUUGGUGUUGGUAUCAGCCCAAACCACAGCGAUCCAGCAAACCAAAUGCAGCCUUCAGUUCCAGAUCCGAUGCAGUAUCAAAUGCAAUCCAUGGCUCCUGUGUACGGUAACAAGGGACAUCCAGGAAUGCCAGUGCCAUCAGUACCUGGAAAUACAGCUAGCAGUAUAUAUGGUUCCAGAGAAGAAAAAGGAAGUGAAGGAUUUACUUUCAAAGCCACACCGCUGGACCGUUCAGCUAGCUUAUGCUAUAGUAGUGCCGGUAAUUUAGUGCUGGGUCCAUGAGUGUCUCUAUUAAUGGUUAUACCUCCAAGGAUCAUAUAUUACCGAUGCGCUCGCCAUGAAGAUUCUCUUUAGAAGAUGCUCAACUGUGUAUCGUUUACACAUAAUUGAACCAGAGGCGGUAAAGGUAUACCCAGCGGGCUGCAAGCGAUUACACGAGAUCUUUCGGGGUUUGAGAUUUCAUUCGUUGUACAGCAAACCAGUUAUGAUUUAUUAGAUUAUGAGGAUUUGGUUUUGUAAACUUCUUUAUGUACUGGAAUACUGGGAUAGAACCAAAGAGCCAUCGGUGGCAAAGCUCUGUUAUCUCCUGCAUAUGAACGAUGCCUGUUUGACAUUCAUACGGAAUGAAAUAUGUCAUUUGACAA